CUCUCUCUGGCAGCCCUCUCGCAAGCCAGUAUUGUUUCACGUUACGUCCCUCACUCAACAGCUGCCUAAUAGUUUCUCCUGGUGUGCGAGCCCUAAAACGUGUGUCGUGUGAAAACGGUGAAAAGCGUAAUGAUGUGACCUGAAGACAAAAAAAGUGGAGCGUAUUGGAAGUGGAUAAAAUGUACAAUAACCUUUUUUGCUGCGUUACAAAAGGACGUUUCUCUUGCAAUUACGUUCUGCAGUGGGAUGGUUGUGAGUAGCUCUUUCGGGUUCUCAGGCGCAUAGAGCAGAAAAUCGCCUCUCGAGAUAAACUGAUACAAAAAUGGUCGGGCGAAAUAGUACCACUCCGCCAGUCAAAAGUUACUAAUUACAUUGCAACGACAGCAACGGAAUGAAUAUGAAGUGGAAAUUACUACAAGGAGGGCUUUUGCUCCUCUUGUGUAAUCUGCUGACUGUGGCGGAAGAGGAAAAAGAGAAAGACCUCGAGAGAUUUUAUGUAACCAGGGGCGAGGUGAAAGUCCCCCCGCAAGUUCUGAGACAUCUAGCGGCGCGCACGGCAACUACACCUUCCAGUGACGGCGCCACGGUCGAGGCAGAGGAGAGGGUGAAACUGCCGACGAUGAAGUGCAGCACCGACCUUGACUGCCGCCAGUACAACAGCGUCUUGGCCCUAGAAUGCCAGGAGGGUCAAUGCAACUGCCGGCCGCCCCAGUGCUGGGUCUACGUCUACGUCAUCACGGGAACCUUCACGGCGAUAAAUGAGUUCUCUUGCGGCCAGUGUGGGGUUCUUGGGUCGAGCUGCAAUGCCACCAUCGAGUGUGACCCCCCCGGAGAGUGUGAGAGCGAUGGUUACUGCCACUGCAAGGAGGGCGAAAACUACAAUGGAGUCUGCCUCACCUCCAACCUCAACUUGACCAACACGCUCGCCUUCUCCGCAAUGGGCAUCGUCCUCUUCGUGGCCAUGUGCAUAGUGGCAGUCAAGUGUUACCAGCAACCGCCGUGUAGAAACUCUGAGAGGUGGAACUGCCGGUGCUGCCACUCCGUUGUCGGCGGCAGACAGCGAAGGCGAGGCUCGUGCGAGAAGACCCCGGCCUUCACGAUCCAGGCUCAUUACGCCAGCCAGGAUCUCACAAGCCCCCCAGAGGAGCCCCAGGACGCGCCUCCGAAUGGCGUUGGCGGAGCGGUGCCCAGAAGACCUCGAACUCAGUCGACGAACAGCGGCACUAUCUCGAGCUACUCUUCCUCCAAUACUAACAUGACUACCGUUACUGAAUCGGUCUCUGGAGAUUCUACGACGGGCACUCCUCCUCGUCCUCCUCGUCGCCCUCCUCCUCCUCCUCCUCCUCCUCCUUCUCCUCCUUCUUUACCUCCUCCUCCUCCAGUUCUUUCCCUUUCUACUCAAGCUCUUCCCUCUCCUUCAACUCCAUCCCCGGCUACAUCUCUUCCUCCUUUUUCUCUCACCUCUACUUCCAGUGCUCUUCCUCAUCCUCCAUCAUCCCCUCCUCCUCGUCCUCCUUAUCUCCCUCUUCGUCAAGACUCCUUCAGCUCUAUUGACAUUAAUGGAGGUCAAGAAAGGGACACUUCCUACGUACAGCUCACGGAAGGUCUCCCCGAAGCGUCAAAUUUGCGGCCAUCUACUUCGAAGGCUUCAUCGGAGGUCCCCAGCGCGUCUUCGGGCACCUCCGAAAGCUGCCAACACGAGCGAUGCCAACUGUGCCUGCCCAAACCGCCCGUCUCGCCUGUCAGUGCCCCGCCAAGGAGGAAAGCGCCAGACAGACCCAUCAUAGACGGCAAAUGUCCUCUGUUACCUCGGCCGGACGAUUCGCAAGCAGAAACCUCAAUAGAACUCACGCAGCUUUAGAUUACAUACUGUAUUCUUUGUCUUGAUGAGGGAGUUGCAGAUGAUUAGUUUUUAAGGAGUUUUAUUUGGCAUAAUCCAUUGGUUAUCCAGCCUUUUAAAGUCAUGGCUCUCUACUCAAAGUGUUGUGGCCACUUCCCAUUCAAGUCCAGGUCAAGUAGUGUUUAAUACACUAAAAUCUAAUAAAGGUACGUGGAAUAUUCGUCAAGGAUGAAACCUUGAUGAAAGGAAAACAAGGUUAUCUGGAUGAAAUAGGAAAAGGAAGUGUGUGUGUGUGUGUGUGUGUGUGUGUGUGUGUGUGUGUGU